AUGGAAAAGGCUAACAACGAUGAGACCGUCUUUGUCGGUGUCAGGCUACGGCCGUUUCUUGGCUACGAAGCAAGGCAGCACUGCUUUACAGCCUCCAGAAAUGUCAUCUCAGUCCGAGCUCCGGACAGGAAGAAGACCGACUUUGCCUUCGACUGCGUCAUGGACAGUACAGAUGCUUCCAAGCCGAGCUAUGUAUCCCAAGAGAAAUGCUACGACAUGAUUGGACGCAGAAUUGUGCAGCAUUCCAUUUCUGGAUAUCAUGCGUGUUUAUUCUGCUAUGGACAAACUGGCAGUGGGAAGACUUUCUCUUGCAUGGGCAAGAAAGGCGAGGCUGAGCAAGGAUUGCUGCCACGGCUUUUGCAAGACUUGCUCAGCCAAAUGGAGUCACUGCCUAGCGGUCAGGUGCACUGCCGCGCUCAGAUUCUGGAAGUGUACAACGAGAAGCUGCGCGAUCUGCUGAGUGACAAAGACUCGGCAAAAGCUCCAGAGAUUCAUGUGCACCCGCGGGUAGGCGUUUAUGUCGAUGGGGCUAUUGAUAUGCAGAUUGAUUCUAUGGAGCAACUUCAGAAGGUGCUGGACACUGGCAUGUCUAGGGCAAGCGUUGCCUCCACGGCCAGAAAUCCCAAGAGUUCUCGUGGGCAUGUGAUUUUUCGACUACUCAUGGAGAAGCAUGAGGAGGAUCACACAGUUGUAUCUUCGGAGCUCUUCUGUGUGGACCUGGCUGGGAGAGAGAACGAGAAGACCACGAAGGUCACCGGCGAAAAUUUCGUAGAACUAACAUUCAUCAACCGAAGCCUGAUGUGGCUUUCUCAGUGUAUUCAGGCGCUUGGCCGGCAGGCACGCAAGCGGAGCAGCUCGGGUAGCUCAGGUGCGCUCGAGGGAUCUAGCCGUGCCAGAUUCCGGAAUUCCAAGCUGACGUUGCUACUCAUCAAUGCUUUAACUGGCAACUCCAAGACUUGCUUGCUAGCAACGGUGAGCCCCGCAGUUGUAAAUUUGGACGAGAGCUUGGUAACCUUGAACUUCGCGAGCACGGUCAAGAGCAUCAAGGUUGCCGCAAGGCGCGCUGCCAAGAUGGACAAAGACUCUCUCAUCCAAAGCUUGAAUGAUGAGUUGCAAAGCUUAAAGGAACAACUCAGCAAAGGCACAGAAAGAAAUGGACAGGAUUUGCAUUCGCAAGCUGGCCUUGUUCGCAACAUGAUGGAAAGCUACAAGGCCAGAUGGGAAGAAGCGCAGAAGAAUGCUGAUAUGCUUCGAAGACAGAAAGACGAUGCAUUGCAAAAUCUUGCCAUAUCCAGGUGGAAAUUCGCAAAAGCCACUGUCAAAAACGAGCUUCGAGAGGAAUCAUCCGCUGGCGACAAGCCGUCCCUGCAGCAAGCCAAUGGAGACGUCCAAGUCCAGGUGGAUGUGGCCGAAAAGCAGAAGAGGCUUGCCUCAUCGGACACCGUCUCCAGUGCCUGCCCUGCGGCAGCCCCGCCUGCAGAUGGCACGUGGCUGAAUUGGACACUUGGAGAUGGUUCUGUGCCUAAGUCGCCACGAACACCAAGCUUGGUUCUGUACUCCAAAGACCCGGGCUUCAGCGGUCGUCUCAUCUUCCAUGUCGCAGACGAAGGACGGAAGUACAUGCUGGGGUGUUCUCCUCACUGCGAUUUUCGGCUGCCACAGACACUGACUUCGUGCUCCGAGACCUAUUCCGCAUGGCAGGAGUCGGGUCGUCUUUUCAUCAUGCAAACGCAGGGCAUUCCACCGCCGUGCGCUUCAAUAGAGGUCAACGGCGACCGACUGUCACCCACAGAAGCCAAGGAGCUAUUGCAUCAGGACUUGGUCGUCUUGAGCCAGACAUUCAGGUUCGUUGUUUUUCUCCGACCUGAUCCAGCAGUCCAAGCACUGCUAUUUGGUGUGGGAAAAGGAGGCCGCACAUAG